AUGUCUGAGCAUCUUUCCUUCAAGGGCACCCUCGAGGGCCACUCCGGCUGGAUCACCGCCAUCGCCACCUCUUCCGAGAACCCCGACAUGAUCCUCACCUCCUCCAGGGACAAGACCGUCAUCGCUUGGCAGCUCACCCGUGAGGACAACUCUUUCGGUUACCCCAAGAAGAUCCUCCACGGCCACAACCACUUCGUCUCUGACGUCGCCAUCUCUUCCGACGGCCAGUUCGCUCUUUCUUCCUCUUGGGACCACACUUUGAGGUUGUGGGACCUCAACACUGGUCUCACUACCAAGAAGUUUGUCGGCCACACCGGUGACGUCCUCUCCGUCUCCUUCUCCGCCGACAACCGACAAAUCGUCUCUGCCGCCCGAGACCGAUCCAUCAAGCUUUGGAACACCCUCGGUGAAUGCAAGUUCGACAUUGUUGAGGAUGGCCACACCGAGUGGGUCUCUUGCGUCCGAUUCUCCCCCAACCCCGCCCUCCCCGUCAUUAUUUCUGCUGGCUGGGACAAGACCGUCAAGGUCUGGGAGCUCAACAACUGCAAGCUGAAGACCACCCACCACGGUCACACCGGUUACCUCAACACCCUCGCCGUCUCCCCCGACGGUUCCCUUUCCGCCUCCGGUGGUAAGGACGGCAUCACCAUGCUCUGGGACCUUAACGAGGGCAAGCACCUCUACUCCCUCGACGCCGGAGAUGUCAUCAACGCUCUCGUCUUCUCCCCCAACCGAUACUGGCUCUGUGCUGCCACCGCCUCCUCCAUCAAGAUCUUCGACCUCGAGUCCAAGUCCCUUGUUGACGACCUCCAACCCGACUUCGACGGUCUUUCCGAGUCCGCUCGAAAGCCCGAAUGCACCUCUCUCGCCUGGUCCGCCGACGGCCAGACUCUCUUUGCUGGUUUCUCCGACAACGUUGUCCGAGUCUGGGUCGUUACUGCUUAG